UCAUUUUCUUUAAAACUAUAUAUAAAGGCAAAAUAUGUUGAGUGUGUGCGAGUGAUGUGGCAUGAGGAAAACAAGGUAAAGAAAGGUGAUGAUAAUCACCAUUCACCACAAGAAAAGAGAAGAUUUGAAACCAAACCAAAAUGCCAAAAGCUCGAAGCUCAGACUGAGACUGAGACCAAGCAUGCCAACUCUCCCAGUUACGCCUACUUAUGCUCACAUACCCACAAAAUGCAGAGCCUCUCCGCCUCUGGGUUUCGCAUGGCCACAAUGCUCCACUCCUUUCCCUUCCUUCCUUCCCCAACAAAUUCACAAAAUCAAGGACCCUUUUGCUCGAAAGCUCGCUCAAAGAAUUGAGAGGCUCCCGGUCAGCUUGAAACAGGAUUGCAUCAUGAGUAGUUGUGUAAAGCCAUUGGUGCACAGCAAGACAAGUCCAGUUGUUCUUCUCCACGGUUUUGACAGCUCCUGCUUAGAAUGGAGAUACGUUUAUCCGAUGCUCGAAGAGGCUGGCCUAGAAACUUGGGCUGUUGACAUUCUUGGAUGGGGUUUCUCUGAUUUAGAACAACGCCCUUCCUGUGAUGUUCCCUCUAAGCGUCAACACUUAUAUCAGCUUUGGAAGUCCCACAUUAAAAUGCCCAUGAUAUUGGUUGGACCAAGCCUUGGCGCUGCUGUUGCUAUUGACUUUGCAGUUAACCAUCCAGAAGCUGUUGAAAAGCUGGUCUUGAUCGAUGCAAGUGUGUAUGCUGAAGGCACCGGAAACUUAGCAAGCUUGCCAAAAUUGGUGGCUUAUGCGGGAGUAUCUUUACUAAAGAGUGUCCCUCUGCGCUUAUAUGUAAAUUUAUUGGCCUUCACUGAUAUAUCGUUUGAUACCAGCUUAGAUUGGAUGAAUAUUGGCCGCUUGCAUUGUCUUUUACCUUGGUGGGAGGAUGCAACUGUGGAUUUUAUGAGGAGUGGGGGCUAUAAAGUUGGUGAACAGAUAGAACAGGUAAAGCAGAAGACACUAAUUAUAUGGGGUGAAGACGAUCAAAUUAUCAGCAACAAGCUUGCAGUGAGAUUACACUGUGAAAUGCCAAAUGCUAUCCUACGACAAAUACCGGAGUGUGGUCAUAUUCCCCACGUUGAAAGGCCAAGCAGAGUUACCAAACUGAUUGUCGAAUUUAGUCAACAAGAUUGCUAUGAGAAAGCUCAAUGCAUUUCUCAACUUUGAAGAUCAUACUUGUAUUACAAAAGAAUAUUGACCAGUUUGAUAUGAAACUCUACAGAGAUGAACACUAGCAAAACAAGUACCAAAAUAUUUGGUGCAAAAACAGAAAGAAAGAAAAAAAAUCAUGUGGGAAAGAACAGAAUCAUGUCGGACGGAAUAAAUUCCUUUGGUCCAUUAUAUCAUACAAUACAACCAUGUUUUGAGGUUGUGGCCAGAUGGUACUUGGUAGGUAGUUCACAGGUCUUAAUCCCUCAAACCUCACACUAUUCCAAAGGUCAAAUCAAUUAAUGAAAUUACACAUAUAUGUAUAUUGUAUACAUAUUCCUUUAAUGCUUUGUUUGAUUCA